GUUGUAGGCAGCGGAGUCCCGCCCCCGGCUAACAAGUGGCCGUGCAAAAUCACUGAUCAACAAGCAAGUCGGUUUUGGGAGGGCAACUUCGGCACAGGGCGGAGGUUUUCCCUGGUUUCUACCGCCGAUUUCUCGCGUUUUUCCUCAUGCAGAGACGAAAUGGACGCCCCAGAAGGUGAGAUUAUCCCUCUCCAUGCUUUCAGGCGCUGAUUUGAGCCUGGGCGGAGCUGUAGCGGUCUAGCCAGGCCGGGAGAAGGGUAGCGGGGUGAGCUCGCCAUGUCGGCGGGCAGAAACAGCGUCAGCCCCCCGGGUUCGGCAAGCAGGCGGUCGGCAUGGGAGGACGGCAGCGCCGCCGCCGCCGAACAACCAGCCAGGGUCACCAACUCUAACGACAACCACCACCGGGAACAGAACGGGUCCAUGAAAGGGACGUCUCGGCCCAGCUCGGCGGCGAGCGGCAAGAGCUGCGCCGCCGCCGGCCCGUGCGCCAACACCCGUACGGCGUGGAAGGACGCCUCGGUGCGCUCCCGUAACGGCGACCUGCGGCACCAGUCCGUAGACAUCGGGUUAGAAGAGCGCAACGGGAAAACCGAGAAGGAUAGCCGGGAUCCGGGCGACGCCACGGCCCCUCAGAGGGGCCCUACGUGUGCUGACUGCCUCAAGACGGUCUCCAAGGUGUUCAAGUCCAAGAAAUUCAAAUCUGAGAAGCUGGAGAGACUGUACCAGAGGUACUUCUUCAGGCUGAACCAAAGCAGUUUGAGUCAACUCGUCAUCUUGUUGGUUGUGGUUUGCGGCGUUCUGAUGGCGUUCUACUACGGCGAAGGGCGCUUGGUACCCGUCUACGGUAUUGUACUGGGCGUACUGCUGUCCUUGUUUGUGAUUCUCUUGUUCAUGUGCAAUCGGAACUCGUUCACGCAAAAGCAGCUCAGCGCGACGUGCUACUUCCUACUCGCCGCCAUCGCGGUGAUCGUGGUACUAGCCGUAACGGCGGCGGACCCGAGAAUCGCGUCGGAGGCGGUGUGGAUUACGAUAUUCUGCAUCUACCUGGUGUACACGCUGCUGCCCGUACGGAUGCGGGUGGCCGUGCUGAGCGGUUCGGCGCUCGCGGUCAUACACACGGCCUGCGCUGGCGGCAUCAACAGGGACGACCAGCUGUUCCUAUGGAAACAGCUUGUAGCGAAUGCGGUGGUGUUCGUGUGCGCGAACAUUGCGGGCGUGUUCACCCACUAUCCGGCCGAAGUCGCACAGAGACAGGCCUUCCAGGAGACUCGAGGCUGCAUCGAGGCCAGACUCAUCACACAGAAGGAAAACCAGCAGCAGGAGAGACUUCUGUUGUCUGUGUUGCCGCGGCAUGUUGCCAUGGAGAUGAAAGCCGAUAUCGCCGUCAAGCGGGAAGAUAUCCAGUUCCACAAGAUCUACAUCCAGAAACACGAGAACGUCAGCAUCCUGUUUGCGGACAUCGAGGGCUUCACCAUGCUGUCCUCCCAGUGCACCGCCCAGGAGCUGGUUAAAACACUCAACGAGCUCUUCGCUCGAUUCGACAAACUCGCAGCUGAGAACCACUGCCUGCGUAUAAAGAUCCUGGGCGACUGCUACUACUGCGUAUCUGGGCUGCCGGAGCCGCGGCCUGACCACGCCCACUGCUGUGUGGAGAUGGGACUGGACAUGAUCGACACCAUCGCAGUUGUCCGUGAGGUGACUGGAGUGAACGUGAACAUGCGUGUUGGGAUCCACUCCGGGCGCGUGCACUGCGGCGUGCUCGGCCUGCGAAAGUGGCAGUUUGACGUCUGGAGCAAUGACGUGACGCUCGCCAACACCAUGGAGGCCGGAGGGAAAGCUGGGCGUGUGCACAUCACCAAGGCGACGCUGGACUACCUGAAUGGGGAUUACGAGGUCGAGCCGGGUCACGGCGGCGAGCGGAACAACUACCUGCGCGACCACAACAUCGAGACGUACCUCAUCAAGGCACAGCACCCCCGCAAGACGCCAGAUUUUGGGGGUUUCUUUCGCCUCACGCCCGGAUCCACUGAAAGUGUGAGGGGAAGUGCGAACAAGAAGAUGAUUGACACGAUGAACUCUCCCCUCCUGACCCCGAGUAACCGGCGGCGGGAGAGCAUCGACCGUAACCGGAGCUCGAGCGUCGCGCAGCUGGACUCAUGGGGCGCCGAGAAACCCUUCAGCAACAUCAUCCCCAACCUCAGCAAGGAGAUGAAAACCAUGGGUUACGUUGACCAGGACGGGUUGCCGAGAAACGGGCAGGGAAACAUCAACAACAAGCAAGCACACAUACUAGGCCUGGGGUUCGAUACGCGCCAGGAGCCGCAGAGUCCCGACGACGAAGUGAACGAGUUUCUGUCACGAGCGAUCGAUGCACGAAGCAUCGACCGUCUUCGCUCCGAUCACGUCAAGAAGUUCUUCCUCACCUUCCGCAAACCUGAGCUCGAGGAAAAGUACAUGAUGGUACGUGACCACAUGUUCAAGUCGUACAUGGGCUGUGCUUUUACCAUGUUCCUGUUCAUCUGCUUCACUCAACUCAUCAUCAUCCCGCACUCGUUCCUGAUGCUGACCGUGUUCCUGGGAGGGUUUGUCCUUGUGCUGUUCCUGCUGUUCCUGGCUGUCAGCGAGAGCAUCAGGUUGCUGCCGCGCUGCCUGGUGAGAUUAUCCUCCAUGAUCGGGGAAAGCCGGAUGAAGAGCAACCUGCUGGGAAUCUUCACUGUCCUCAUCAUCUGGGGCGUGGCCUUCGUCACCAUGUUCUCGUGUGACCUUGAGAACGUGCAGGAGUGCGUUGCGCAGAAGCUGAACGUGUCGACUGCGGAGAUGAACAUUUCCCUGAUCCGCGGGGAGGGACUCGACCUUGGGCUGGAGGAGUUCCACAGAAACUACAGCAGCAGCUACUGCAGUGUCAUGCAGCAGGAAUGCCACUUUCCUGAGUACUUCACGUUCAGUGUGCUCCUGGGCAUGCUCAGCUGCGCCGUGUUCCUCCAGAUCAGCUCCAUCGCGAAGCUGGCGAUUCUGACGCUGAUGGCGGCCGUCUACAUCACGCUGGUCGAGGUUCUGGCUGUCAACCUGUUCGACAACCAUGAUCUGCUCCUGCAGGCCCACCACGGUAACGCUGUGCCCUUGACGGUGGGUCUGAAGGUCGUGACCCCGGUGGUGAUCGCCGUGUUCCUGAUCGCGCUGGUUCUGCAUGCUCAGCAGGUGGAGUCUACGGCUCGGCUGGACUUCCUCUGGAAACUGCAGGCCACAGAGGAGAAAGAGGAAAUGGACAAUCUCCGGACGUACAACAAGAAGCUGCUGAACAACAUCCUCCCGGAACACGUGGCCGACCACUUCCUCAAGCAGGACCGCAGGAACGAGGAGCUUUACCACCAGAGCUGCGAGUGUGUCUCCGUCCUCUUCGCCUCCAUCACAAACUUCUCCGAGUUCUACCAGGAGCUCGAGGGAAACAACGAGGGGGUCGAGUGUCUCAGGCUGCUCAACGAGAUCAUCGCAGACUUUGAUGAGAUCCUUGGAGAGGAACAGUUUUCCAGCCUGGAGAAGAUAAAGACAAUCGGCAGCACCUACAUGGCGGCGUCCGGCCUGACGGAGAAGACCUGCGACCUGGACCACAAGGCGCACGUUCUCGCACUGUCCAACUUCGCCAUGCGGCUCAUGGACCAGAUCCAGUACAUCAACGAGCAUUCCUUUAACAACUUCAAACUCAGAAUAGGUCUGAACGUGGGCGUGUGCGUUGCCGGGGUGAUCGGAGCCCGGAAGCCGCAGUACGACAUCUGGGGAAACACAGUCAACGUGGCGAGCCGCAUGGACAGCACAGGGGUGCCGAAUAGAAUACAGGUCACCCAAGACGUCUACAAGAUUCUCAGUGCCAAGGGUUACGACCUGGAGUGCCGAGGGGUCAUCAAGGUCAAGGGCAAGGGCGAGAUGCUGACCUACUUCCUGAACAAGGGACCAGCUGACCUUUCACCCUCCUCAGGUCGCACCAGGGCCAACCCCAGCUAGGGGCAAAGGGCAAAGGGCAGCCAAUAGGGCCAAAGGUCACGCUGAAGCAUCCUUAAAGGUUACUUGGUACAUUUCACACCUGUAUAUUACCUUAUAUGGUCAAUAUAACCUUAUAUGGUCAUCUGACUACACUAGUCAGUGUUAGUGGUAGCUGCAGAUAUUAUUUAUUCUCAGUUUUGAUGUUCUUUUGUAGAUUUCAGGUUGAAUCUCUACUGGGGCUUGUAAAGCCUCAUUAGGCACCAGGUCUAUUUAAUUAAGCAGUCACUAACGAUGUAUUUAUGUACAAUAAGAGGCUAUGGUUGUAAUCUGUAUUUAUCACACACGAUGUGCAGUCGCCCCCCCCACACACACACAUGCAGCAAAUUCUGCUGGUUUCCAUGGUAACUGGUAAUCUGAUAGGCGGGAGUCAUGACUCGGGCUGGCAAAUGGUCGGAUCUGAUUGGCUGAGGACACUAAUGACAUCACAGAGCUUGUAAGUGACAACAGCUGAAAUAUCCAAAACCAGCCAGUCAGAGUUUGUGUUAUAAUCCCUGCAAAAGUCGCCAGAAAGUAUUUUUUAGCUCACCUGUCAGCACCUUUCACCUGUACACACCUGUGCAGGUAACUUUCACUUUAAUUGGUUCCUACCACCACAUCCGUGCAAACUUCCUUCAACGACGUCUUAGUCGCAGGCAACUUUUACUUUUCAAUUCUCCACUUCUGGGUCAAAGUUCACGGGAAACUGAGAUUACAACAAUGCAGUUCAUAAUAGUCUUGUUGCCACGGUAACACAGUAUGCAUGUAAAUAUGUAUAAAAAGAAAAGGAGAGGAUCUGCCAGAUUUGUGCGUUGGUGUCGGAUAAUGUAUAGUGGUUGUUGCGAUGGUUCAUGUUGCUUUCGUGUAACAAAGUUGUAGGUAUGUAGCAGAUUCAUGUACAUUAUAAAUGUGUCAAUUAUACACAGAAGAUUUGUGUGCACCAACUACAUAAUAUAAAAUAUGUCUGUCUUGUUGACUUUAAAUAUGAAUUCUGAGUGAAUGUUAAAUGGGGAGAUUUAUAAAGAAUGUAAGAAAAAUGCUGGGAUUAAAAAAUGGCCAGGCAAAAAACUACUUGGGAGAAGGGAGGCUAGAAAAAAGAUGGUCCCAAAGUAUUUUGUGAUGCACCCCUACUUUUGAAAUGGAACGAUCUAUUAACCUUUACCCCUCCCUCGUGGUGUCAGGUUUCGUCUCCCCUGUUGUACAGCCAAUGAACAAGCCAGGAGCACAGCAGUGUGGUUUAUAUAUACAUGCUGUAUAUACUAGUUUCUACAUGCCUCCACACCAAUGUGUAUUGUGCAGUGCGUACUCUACUACUUGUUGCAAUGUUGACUGCCUGUCUCUGCCAAGACUUAAAGAUGUGAAAGUUUGUUGUACUUAAAGAUGUCAGCAUGGGGCAAGGGGACUGGGAUGCACAUGUCAGUGACAACCCUCGGGAUUGUGCGGGUGUGCAUGGGGGUUUACCCGCUUCUUUUAACGUUGAAGACAUAUUUGGAGCUCCCAUUACCAGUUAAAAUUUUUUUAGGGGGACUUAAGAAUACAGCUAAUGGAUUUUCAGUACAGGAACAAGCAGUAAGAAGACAAAGAAAUUUUUGUUGUAUCCCCUUGUUUUGAAUGGAGGAGUUAGCAGUCAUAAAUGUUCCAAACUUUGAGGUGAUCAUUUUUGUUUACAUUUAAGCCUCUGAAUUAGAUGCCUUUACUUCAACCCCUACACCUACCCCCCACCCCCUCUGGGGUUCACACUGACAUGUGCAUAGGCCAAAGUUCUCUGUCCAGAAUCAUUCUUGAUGCAGUGAAAUAUGGAAUAUUAUUCCAGUGAAAGUAGAUGAAAGUAUUUUUGUAUGCAAUUGUAUGAAUGUGAUAUAAUGAUAAUGCAGUAUUGUGAUACUAUUUAAUGUGACGCACCUUAAGGUAGGUAGCUUUACCUGUCUGUGAUCAGUCCUGUCAACACACCUGUUUUCUCACCUGGGCUACAAAAGUCUUAAAGAUUCAUGUUAAGAGUGAAAACUUUUCUUAAAGGCCACACUAAUUUAGUUCCUGGGUUCUCAGAUGUUUGAAAAUAAGUCUGAAGCAAAAUGGAAAUUUGAAAAUUGCCUUUUCACACUUCCAUUUUGUCACAGGGAAAACUCAAAUCUACUUUUUGAUGUUUAGUUUGUCUACCGAGAAAUCCUCUACAAAAAUUUGAAUAUUAUGAACAAAACUUGGUUAGAAAACGUUCUGUCUUUUCCAUGUAUAACCUUAGUGCCAACCCUGCUGCCAGAUUGUGGCUGUGGAAAAAGUUUCAAAUUUUUCAGUAAUUCUUGUUUUGGAAGAGUUUUGUUAAAUCCGUCCAAUAAUGAUGUUUGUUGCAUCCAGAACCAUGCUUUAUCCAGAAUCAUGCAAUAUCCAGAACCAUGCUUUAUCCAGAACCGUGCUCUA